AUGUCUGGCAAUGGUUUCGUGCCCCAAUCUGAAGAAGAGAAAGUGCCAGAAGCCGAUGACAAUCCUUUAGCCGACGAUACUGCGCAAUUGCCUGAGAGUCAUCUCAACUCUCCAGGCGCCGAGGCCGAGAAUCUCCAUCUAUGGUCAUUCAAACCAGUGUGCACCGAAUACUUCGAGGUCUUGAAGGACCCGUUAUGCGUCUUCACCAAUGUCAGCUUCAGCAACGGCCGAGGGAUCUCGAUCUUUACCACUCCGACCAUCGCCUCCGAGUUUGCGGCUCUCCUGCCGUUCCAGGACCCAGCGGCCCUGUCUAGUCGAGGAAUUAAUUCGCCGUCUGAACCGGAUGGGCCGUCGUACACCAAGACAAUCCCGGGCAAAGGGAUCGGUAUGCUCGCGAAGCACGAGUUGCAACGCGGAGACUUGAUUGCCGCAUAUACACCAUAUCUGCUCGCGCAUAUGGAAAAUCUUCUAUCAACGACCGAGAGAGAGAAAUAUCUCCAGGUAGCGAUCGAGCAGCUGCCCGAGCCGAGCAAGACCCAUUUCCUCACCCUGGCGACCAUCUAUGGCGAUCCGAGAGUAGCCGUGCAGGACGUGGUCAAGGCCAACGCGUUCGAAAUGCAGGUCGGUGGACAGAUGCAUUUGGCCGUCUUUCCGGAGUCAUCGAGGAUCAAUCAUGCAUGUGCACCAAACUCACAGUAUCAUCUGGACCCGACACUGUUAACGCACUACGUGUACGCCGCCAGAAGCAUCGCGCCCGACGAGGAAAUAACCAUCGCCUACGCGCCACCACUGGUCUUCUUCCGCGAUCGAGCAGAGUAUCUCCAUUCAACAUUCCACUUCCAAUGCACCUGCUCUCGAUGCCAGCGAGGCGAGGCAGGCGACAAGGCCGUCUCAGAUAUCCACGCGCUGCAGUGGGCUCUGGCCAAUUGGGAUUCCAACUCGACCGCAAGUGUCAGGAAGGCCGAAAUGUUGGUCCGGUUGUACAAGGAGGAAGGCCUAGACGCGUUUCUCGACACGCCCUACGGCCAUGCCGCUUUCACAUACAACGCGGUGGGCAGUGCCAGAGGAGCGAUAAAAUAUGCAAAGCUCGCGGUGGAGGCGGCCGUGUUGAGAUACGGCCCCGCGGCACCAGGUCUGGAGACAUGGAACGAGUUAAUGCAGGAUCCGCAGCGGCAUUCGAGUUGGAGGCGGAGGAAGGGCGUAUGA